GUUAGUCUUUUAAAAGUCUUUCAUGCAUUACACAAUGUAUGGGCUUCCAUUUUAUCAUGCAUAUAGUAAAUCUAGCAUGCUAAACUUACCACCUACACAAGUCCCUUGAAGUUACCUUUGUGAGAAAAACAUGAACCUUCCUAACAGCAAGAACAAUGAUCAAAUUCAUUUCAUCUAUAUAUACUACAUGAACUUACUGUUUUCCAUCGAUUUGGAUGAAAAAUGAUGCAACUUUUCUAUGUCACUAAGACAGAUACACUGGUUUUAGUAGAACUUUUACUAUUACUGGUGUGUUGUACAUGGGUAGUUGAUGGAACAACCCCAAUACCAAAAGGGUUGCAACAAAAUACCACAAAUUUCUCUCAUUCCUCAUCCCCUUGGCUUAAGAAAGUAGUGAACCCUCGACCCAUUGGAUGCUGGGAUAGGCCUUGGAUCUGCAAUCCACCAGGGGAAUUUCCACCAAGAAUAAAGAGACUAUGUUGUCGAAAUCGCUGCGUGGAUGUCACUUCUGAUGUUGAGAACUGUGGAUUCUGUAAAAUCAGAUGCCCAUUUACUUGGCAAUGUUGCAGAGGCAUCUGCAUUAACACAAAUAUCAACCCUUUCCAUUGUGGGAGUUGUGAACAUAGAUGUCCAUUUGGAAGCUUUUGCUUCUAUGGGAUGUGUGGGUAUGCUCAGCCAUUACCACCCAUUCCAUUUCCACCAAAGCCACCUUUUCCUUUUCCACCAAAGCCGCCAAAACCCCAUCCGCCAGAGCCAUUUCCACCAAAACCCCAUCCACCCAAGCCAUUUCCACCAAAACCCUAUCCACCAAAACCCCAUCCACCCGAGCCAUUUCCACCAAAACCUCAUCCACCGGUGCCAUUUCCACCAAAACCCUAUCCACCAGAGCCAUUUCCACCAAAACUCCAUCCACCGAAGCCGUGUCCACCAGAACCCCAUCCACCGGAGCCAUGUCCACCAAAAUCUGAUCCACCAAAUCCAUGUCCACCAAAACCUCACCCUCAUCAUGGUACUGAUCAUCCUUCUAAAGCCAACUCUCCACCUCUUUAACUAGGUUGAUAUAUCUAGGUCUAGCAUUUACUUGUUUUGCUUAUAUUUGUUGUUCUAAUAUUAUCCAACUCUUUUGUUUCUUUCCCUCUCUUCUACACCAAAGUAUGUAAUGUACGAAAUUCAUUGAAAUCCUAAAUGAUUAUGUAGCUAAAUAAUUCAUAGUUUGUCAUCAUAUAAUGAUAAAAAGCCCUCUUGAUUAGUU